ACACUUGUACAAGGUUAGCAGCUAGCAUACCUCAACUACUAAUUACUUAGGUUCAAAUUAGUUGCAGGUAACCGACGCUUGAAAAUCGAACUCAUUUUCAGAGAGAGAGAAACGGCAAUCUGCAUUUGAAUCAACGGCACUGGGACAAGUUUCGACUGUGAUGCGAUACCAUAUCCCGGGUAAUCGGCGGCACAAGCCAGCUCUGCACCAAAUGCCGUCACGUGCCAAUCUCCGACCCUUCGGCACGUCAUCCUGGAAUAAGCGGAUCCACUGACAACGUGUAGCGUGGCUUCACCAAGAGGUCCUUUGAUUGCGCCGGCAACAGCAUCGCGACUCAUUGCUCACGACAGCAACGCAGCGUAUCCAGAGUUCGAAGAUGGACAUGCAGCCUUAGUUGUGCUGUCGAUACAUUACCCCUUCGAGACACCGUUGCUACCCAUGCCGAAGAUGCGAUUGGGCUGGUACGCCGGGGUGUCGACCGCCCUGGCGGGCUCGGUCGUGCUCUCAGCAUUUCUCCAGCGGCCAAACUUCUACUCGGCCAUGGUAUAUCUUGCGCAGAGCAACUUCUGCUUGAUCGUCCUGGUCAACUUCACACUACUGCUGUACAGCAGCUUCCUAUACAGCCUAACCCGAGUAUGCUUUGGGCGCCUCCGCGCCGUCGAAGUCGAGCAACUCACCGAACGCGCCUGGUUUGCAAUCACAGAGACGUGCCUUGCUAUGACGAUAUUCCGGGAGGAGAUUGGGCCGUGGUUCUUGGUUAUGUUCGCCGCGCUCGUCAGCGGAAAGAUAUGGGGUUGGAUUGGAGAUGGUCGCGUUGAGGUGUUGGAGCAGCAACCACCAGCAAACCCUCGACUCUUCCAUACACGACUCAGCUUCUCGCUCGCGCUGAGCUUCGCUUACGACGGCGCCAUGCUGUGGUAUAUCCUGAAGACGGUGAUUCAACAGGCUCGUCCCAACAUGAUGGUCAUGUUUCUCUUUGAGUUUGCGGUCUUGUUGACCACAUCUUGGCGGACCGGUGUGCGAUAUCUGCUAUCAUUGUUCGAGCAGUGGAUUAUCCAGGACCAGACCAAGAAGCGGCUGGCAGAGCGCAAGCGGGAGGUUCGCGAACAGAGAGAAGCCAUGACGAGGCAGAGAGAGCAGGCAGCCGCUGCAGGAGUGGAGGCGCCUGCCGACCAGGAGCCCAUACCUCACGAAGAUGAUGUUGACGAGAUGGACAUUGAGGUCCCCGGAUGGGCCGCCAAGGGCGAGUGGGUGCUUUGGCUCGACUUGAUCACUGACUUUGUCAAACUGGCCAUCUACGCCUCCUUCUUUAUCAUGCUCCUCAUGUUUUACGGCCUACCGAUACACAUCAUUCGAGACUUGUUCUUGACGUCAAGAGACUUCUUGAAGAGACUCAAUGCGCUACUGCGGUACCGCAAGGCCAUCCAAGAGAUGAACAAGUACCCCGAUGCUACGGCUGCCGAGCUUGCCGAGGAGAACACGUGCAUCAUUUGCCGCGAAGAAAUGCGCCCAUGGGAUCCAACGAAUUCUCCAGGCGCAGUGGACCGAUCCCGACCCAAGAAGCUCCCCUGUGGCCAUACGCUACAUCUCGGCUGUCUGAAGAGCUGGCUCGAGAGACAGCAGGUCUGCCCCACAUGCAGAAGCCCAGUUACUUCCGAUCGCGGCAGGGCACCUCGGAGGGACCAUGGUGGGCGUCGCGCUCUCAGGAUACAGAUCGGUGGUGGUGCGGCGCCAGCAGCGGGACAGGCUGGCGCAGACGGCGUCAAUCCCCCGGUGGACGCCCAAGGACAGCAAGGGGACCGACAGGCAGGACAGCAGCAGCAGCAGCAACAACAACAACCAGCUGCCAACCGGCCCCGGGUAUUCAAUCUAGGCCCUCUACGUCUAGGUUUUGGGGCCAACAACGCCCAAGUGGAGGAGUUGGCUCGGCAGUUUGGCAUGGCACAGCCAGCCCCAGCACCAGCCGCGAAUGGUGCUCCAGCGCAAGCUACCGUUCCUGCUGGUAUGGCGCCCCCUCAGCCAACCACUGGCGAUAACCUCCAGAACGCCGCGAGCCUGUUGCAGCAGGCCGAACAAGCGCUACUCGCAGAGCUGAACACCUUGCGCCAUAGGCAACAGGAGCUACAGACCAGCCAACUCCUCAUGGCAGAACUCCAGCGAUUACGCCUGCGACAACAGGCAGAUCAUAUCGCGCCGAGGCCUGCGACCUUUCCACAUGUGCCGUUUGGGGCCAUGCCGGCGAUGCCCCCAUCAAUGCCCGGGGCUCCCCCAGGCUAUCCAGGUAUCCCGACACGCCUGAACAGCCCGAUCUUGGGCCGUCACGGGACAUCGGAGUAUCACACGUCCAUCCCCUCCGGCAGCCCAGAGCUUCCCGAAGGUGUCACCAUCCCACCGGGCUGGUCACUGAUGCCGCUGCAGAGGCUGGAGAACGGGUCGUUUGCAAGGCAGCCAUCCCCUCAGCCAGGCUCGAUGCCGACGCAAAGCGAUUCCCUACUGUCAGAAGCAGCCCCUCAGCGAUCCGUCUUGGAAGGCGCAUCGAGGCAUCACGAGUCUCAUGCACCCAACGGCCACGCCUCUGUACCCGGGUUGAAUGACCCGAGCCCUGUAGCACCGAGCUGGGGCUUUGGCAACCGCGCAAGGUUAGAUCCGGAGACGACCUCGGAGGCGGGGUCGACGUCCACAAGCCACGAAACACCAGCACCGAAUGUGGAGGGAUCGUCGGAGGAUAAGGGCAAAGGCAAGGCUGUGACAGUGGAGGAGGCGUCCGAUGAUGACGACAACGGUGAGCCCAAGACCAAGGAUACAUGAUGUAUUAAUAGGCGCGUCGCGCACAUAGUAUGAUGACAGCAAACAAGCGAGCGAUGAAAUGACACGAGCUGUCUUGACUAGGUUUCCAUGCCGUCCUUAUAUUUGUUUCGCGUAUCCUCCUAAAUCGUGAUCUUGACUAUCCAAGUACCUGCUCUGUCCA